CCGCCCCAAUCAGCUCAGACCCGCCCCCUCGCCUGCCCACGCGAACUCAGACCUCCCGGCUUGGCUCAGCCGGCGGUGAUAAAAUGACCACUCCAGGACCACAUAAUGCUGUUCCAGGAGGAGCAUCUGCUCCAACAGCGCCUCCUACCUACGAAGAGACGAUGGCGAUCUAUAGUUAUUAUCCUACUCCGCCCCCUGGGCCCGUGCCAGGAGUGGUACCCGGGGCCGACGGGAAGGGCAUGAAUCCUCCUGCGUACUAUACUCGGCCUCUGCCAGUUCCUAAUCCUAAUGCAAUUGCGGUUCAGACUGUGUACGUGCAGCAGCCCGUCUCCUUUUUUGACCGCCCCGUCCAGAUGUGCUGUCCUUCGUGUAACAAGAUGAUAGUGACCAGUCUCUCCUAUAACGCAGGCGCCCUAACCUGGCUUUCGUGCGGCAGCCUUUGCUUAUUGGGAUGUAUAGCCGGCUGCUGCUUCAUUCCCUUCUGUGUGGACGCCUUUCAGGAUGUCGAUCACUAUUGUCCGAAUUGCAAAGCUCUUCUUGGUACCUAUAAACGUUUGUAGGGCCAAGGCAAGCGUGAGAAAUCUGCCCACAGAGUUUGAUGACGGCUUUUCAAGUCCUUCAGAAGCUUCACCACCUCUGCAGCCGCUGGUGGUCCGCUCUGAUUUUUCCGGUGGUCCAUUGAAAGGAAAACCAAUCAACCAAACCAAAACCAGCCCAAACCCCCACAACCUCUGAACCUCUGAACCUGGUGCUUGGAGGACUUGAAAGGACAUACAGACAUUGGUUUGGGUGUAGUGUGCCAAUGUAUGAACCAAAUCAUCCCUGUCUUUGAUUGCUGGCUUAUUUAAGAUUGAUUUUUGGUCGGCAGACCCCUUCUGCCUCUUCUGUAGCACCUUUGUUGAUGGUCUUUACGCAGAAGUCAUGGGUUGCCGUGGUUUUGAGACUGAAGUGGCCAGAAAGAGACCGAACCAAUCCAUAGUGCCUACAGUCUGCCCCUCCCUAGGGCAGAAUCUUGGUUUAGAGACCUUAGGAGAUGCUAUGCUCAGAUACUAUUCGAUUAGGGACUUUUUAUGAGCACAAAAAUACACUUUAACUUUUUUAUUGUUUUUUUAAAGGAGGGAUAACCUAAUCAUUCUUAACACAAGGUGCUUGCUACUAGAUAUAUUUCUCUGAGUUUGUGAGAGCUUGUCAGAAAUAGAAUUUCUCCUUUAUUAUUCCCUACUUCCUCAGCUGUAGUCGAGUAGCCAGAGCUUUAGCACGUGAAGUGAGUGGAUCCCUGCUGAAUCAGCACACAGAAUUUCUUAGCAAUUGAGGUUUGUUUUUUUUUUUUUAAUUUUUUUAAUUUUAAAGAAACUUGCUUUUGGAUGGACUUAUCCCUAAAAUGACUUCAAAGGAAAUGUUUAUCAGCCCAUCUUGAUUAAUUCUAUGAAUGACAUCAUUCUUACAUAUGCCAGUGUUGUAUCCCUUUUUUAUUAAAAACAAAUUCACAAAUCAGAAACACAAAACCACUGCCUUUCAUUUGGCUCACUGCAACUGUCAACAACUUCUGCAUGAUUCUGAGGUUGUUUUUUGAUAACAUGUGAAAAUAUGGCUUUGAUUUGUAGCUAUAUCGUAUUUUGAGAACCUCUUUACAAGAAAACCAUAGGAACCUGAUCUACUUCAGAGAAAUCUAGAGUUUACUCUAUUGUCACUCAUUAAACUAGUUUAAACAAAUGGCAAGAUGGGAUUGUUAACCUCAGUUAUCUGGCUGAUAGCCUUCUCACCUAAGAAAUGUAUUGUGUUUAAAAUCAGCACACAGACGGGACUCUGGUUCCGAGAUUCCCUUACUCAGUAUUGAGCAAAAGCAAAGGAAAUAUUUGGAUAAUAUCUGUCUAAAAAUCAGCCCUGAAAUGUUGGGUGGAAGCUAUCCAUUGGCUAAAAUUUAUAAUAGUUAUACUAAUGAUUAGGAAGGCUUAUUUUCUUCAAGUGUGGGUGAAACCCCAUCUUGCUUCCAAAGUAAUGGUGAAAUGUAUACAGCUCUCUUGGAGUACUUUGGCUUUUAUUUAUAGUAACUUUGGCCUUUUAUUGAGGCUUUGAUUUACUUGGUGAACAUUUUAUAAAAGGCUCCUUGUGGGUUUAGGAAAGGUUUCAUAUUAUGUUGCAGCUGUUGCUUCCAACUCUGUCUGUCUGUCUCUCUCCCUCCCUCUCUCUCACUCUGUCUCUGUCUCUGUCUCCCUUCCUCCCUCCCUCUCUGUCUCUGUCUCUCCCUCUCUCUGUCUCUCACUCUGUCUCUGUCUGUGUCUCUCUCUUCCUCCAACCCUUUAUUAGUCACAUGGUAGUAGAAAAUAUUUGAUGAAAAGUGUGCAGAUUAACCUAAUCUCCAGAAAAUAUACCUUAAAGUCAAGAUAAAUAAUAAUGAGAUACACAAACUCAAUGAAUCAAAUCUAGUUAGAGCUUAUUUGAACAUGUAUUUUAUCUCAAUGGCAGAAAAACAAACCAGAGCUUUUACAUUAUAAACAAAAUGUACCAAAAAGCAUGGUUAUAUUUCCAACAAAAAUACGGUUUAUUCAAUAAUCUGCUGGGGCCUUUGUUGGUGCUAGGAGGAAGAUAGAAUAUCUAUUAGAUAUAUCUACACAUUGCUAAUCAUUUGUUUGCUUUUACUUGCAAAUAAGUCUAUAGUUGUCUGGAGGGGUUUGGAAAAAUAAAGAACAUCUUGAUGUAAAAAAAAAAAGUAUAAGUAUGUCUUUUCCAAAGAUCCCAAAACAUAUAUACUGCAGGCAGAAUAGCUUGGUUCUCUUUUCUGUGUCCUCAUCACUGUGACAAUUAAAAAUUCUGUGAAACUGGCUUCUGGGUAAGAAUAUCAAUUAAAGUAUUAGGCUAGUAUUAAUCAAUAAAUUAAUUGGUCAAUAAUCUCUCUCAUUGAGGGAAGAACCUAAAGUCCCUUCACAGAGACCCAUAAAUAGACAGUUUUGGAAGCUCAUUAUUCCACCCCUCCCUUGGACAUCCAAGACCUGUCUAAUUGGUGAAUAGCCAAUGAGGAAGUGAUCUAUCAAAAUUUUCAACUCUUCAUCCCCUGGUGAUGGUGGGUUACUCACAUACAGGUCUUGUGUUCCCCACCUACUGAAGCAGAGAUCUGCUGGUUUGAGGCUGACCCCUAUAAUGAUUCUUAAUGAAGGACUCAAUUGUGCUGCAUGUAGGUAUAUCUAGCAUAAGCUGGCUUUACUUCCUGAGUAAGGCAGAUCUCACAAUCUCUCCCAUUAUCUU